AUCGCACCCAGCGUCUCCUCUGCCUGGACCACUUCUAGCGAUGGCUUCUCCCAAGUGCGCGCUGCUGCUGCUGCUGCUGGCGGCUGCCGUCUCGGCGCAGGACCCGCAGUACGACCCCAACCCGCACUACUCCUACUCGUACGCCGUCGCCGACCCCGUCACGGGAGACACCAAGAACCAGCAGGAGGCGCGCGACGGCGACGUGGUGCGCGGCAGCUACAGCGUCGUCGAGCCCGACGGCAACCUGCGCGUCGUCGACUACGCCGCCGACCCCGUCAGCGGGUUCACCGCCUCCGUGCGCCGGGGCCCCGCCGGGUCCGUGGCCGCCCCCGCCAGGGUGGCGCCCGUCGUCGCCCCUGUGGCCCCCGUCGUGGCCCCUGUGGCCCCCGUGAUCCCCGCGCCCGGCCAGAUCUACAACCCCUACUACAGCCGCUCGCCGUACAACCGCGGCGCCCUGGGCUACCCCGGGUACUCCGGCUACCCCGGCUACACCGGGUACACCGGCUACCGCGGCUACCCCGGCUACACCGGCUACCCCGGCGUCGCCUACUGACCGCCCGCGACUCUGUAUCCGCUGCUCCGCUGAUGUCUAAUAAACUGCUCUCUCACCCCCUCUAGCGCUCUUGUUUCAUUGGCAACCUUCCGUGACGCCGUAGCGCCGUCGGCUGCAGCCUUCCUCUGUCUUCCCUGCGAUCCCUCCCUUGCCGCUCUCCCCUCUGCCUGUGGAGGAUGUCUGCUGUCUUCUGGAGCGGCAGAGUCAAGCUGGGGUGAAAACGUGGUGUGCCUAGUACUCCGCUGUUGCGGUGAAUAGUAGUUGGAUUGAUAUCCUUGCAAGGUUUGGUAAAAAAACACAGGGUAUGCACGAUAAACAUUUAUUAAGGAGUCGAGAACUACCGGACCUUGUGUGCAUCAGCGACCAUGCCUUGUUUACCACUAACUCUCCGUAGCAAGUACCUCUUCCAAGCGAAGCGGGGUUGUCGCGUCGACCUCUCGAGUCGCGACACAGUUCAGGUCGCAAGAACCACGAGAGUCAUCGGCGGGAAGCUUCGAGGGGUACUCGAGGCAGGCUCCGGAGGGCUUCGGACCAGCGGACGGGCCGUGGUGAGGGGCGGAUCUCGGGCCCCACGCGGAUAGCAUCCGUGGUUACAACUCUUAUGACGUGCUGAGCGGACUCUGCGGCUGUCGUCGUCGUCGAAAGGAAAGUUACUUCCUUCCAGUUGCGAGAUCCAAACUCUCGUGACCUGACCUCCAACGGACGGAAUGGGGAGAACAGCAUCUCCCAGGUGCACCCUCCUUGGACCAGGCACUGGGGUUCCGAUGUCUGGAUGCAUUAUAGCCACCAGCGGUCAAGAUGGCAGAAAAUAUGUCUUCACUUAUGUCCCGUGCUUUCCUUUACCUCUUUGCAUUUUAUCUUCCUAGGCCUAUCCUAGUAUUCUUGCAGUUUUGAAGGCUAACAUUUGUUUGUCUUUUCAUUCCAUUGUGGUGCUUUUACUUUACUUACUCUUCGUUCUCUCGCUAUCUCCGUAACAGGACGUACUGUCUGAGAUAUCGACAAGUAUUCAGAGUGAAGAGGCAGAGGUGGACAACGUGCACCAUUUUAAAGUUAUAGAACGUCUCUUCUCCGUACCUCUCCAAAUUGUAUAUUUUAUUUCUAUGAUCAGGCCAUAACAUGAUAAUGCUCCAAAUAAUAAGUGUAAUUAUUGAACGAUAUUUCUACAAUAGGAGUUCGUACAUCAAGUCGGGCGUGUCUUCAAACCAUAAUUCCCCGCAUACGAAUUUCUCCUACGAAUAAAAAUGUAUUGUUGCUUCGCUUGUGCUGAAAAUUAUUACUUGCAACGUUUUUCAAACCUUUAGUCAUUCAUUUAUUUAAAAAUAUUUUUAUCGUGUACAUUUUUAAUAUUAUACGUAUUGUGAUGAUACCAUCCACCUAUUUUAUUUUGACAUAGCAGAAAUGGAUCUCCGCGAAGCUGUGACGUUUUUGACAGUUACUGUCCACCUAGUUGGGUUCUGGGUCACCUAAUCUAACCGAUUUUAUACGGUUUUGUGACCGUAAAACGACGAGACUUUGUUUUUGGUCGUGGGCUCUUGUACUAUUUUCUUCCGGAAAUCACAAUUAUACCGUUCCGUGUAUCAAAACACAUAAGCUUCCUCUGAGGAGACACGCGUUAUUCAUACGUCAUUCAUAAACUUUUGUAGCCUAUAUUUUCCUUGGUAGCCACCUAAAUACUGUAUGUGCAUUAUGAGUUUGGAGUGAGAAAUCUUUUCUCCCGUAUUUGUUCUUACUGUUACGCCUGGUGUUAAAGAGGUAGGUGACCGGCUGUACAUAGACGCUGUGCAAGUGCGUGUUGUAAUAUUUUCAGGCGCACCUAGUGGCGAGGCAGUUCGUUUUUCUUUAUCGUCUUGACUUACUUUUUUGUCCUGCGCGCCCCUGAAAUUACAUGACAGUUCAACAGAGUUUCUGUAGCGGUUCACUCUGGUUGUUCCAAAUACAUUAGGUACAAAUACCAUACAACACAGGUGGGCGUGGACAAAUAAAUUAUUGGAAUGACGUAACACUUCAAUAUUUGUUAUUGGUUAAUAGUUAAAUAAAAUGUUUAUGUAUCU